UGCUCACAUCGCCUAACUGCAGUAAUCAAUCGACAACCUGUGUUUCGCAAAUUUUAUUCCGUGCAUAUUAUUAUUAUAUUAUUCUGUUAUUUUCGCUAUUAUUUGAUUUUAAUAACUAUGUUGAUAAUUUCUUUUUGUAAACAUCAAAUGAUUUUCUAAUCGUAUAACUGAUAAUUAUUUGAACUUUUAACCUUUCAGUUGAUAUAGUUUUUAAUAUAGUAACAGACCUAUUAAAAUGCAUUUAUAUUUAUAUUAUUUAUAUUUGUUAAUAUUGAUCAAUUUAACCCAUGGAGAUAAUGCACACGUCUACAAAAUAGCAGCAUGUACCCCUAGUAGCUAUCCAAUUACUGUAGAUGAUGUUCAAAUUGAAGAAAAAAAUCGACAUAUCUAUGUAUCUGGAUCAGUGCAAUCUAAAGUGGAUAUAAUCUCUCCUAUUGAGGCUUCUAUAAUUCUAAAAAGGUAUAUACUCCCUUUUAAAAUAUGGAUUGAAGUUGUAUGUGUUAAUCAAUUUGGAUCAUGCACUUAUCCUGAUCUGUGUCAUUACGGAAUUCCAAGUGACAGAUCAUGUCCAAACGAUUUGAUACAAAACAAUGUACCUUGUAGAUGUCCAAUACCGCAGGGAAACUACACCAUAAGUCCAGAAACAAAGAAGUAUUUAUUUAAAUUACCCAAGACAGUGAAAUUACAAACAGGACUUAGGACCGUCCUCUCAGGCACAUAUUAUGCAGAACUGCAACUCAAACAUCAGAACACUCUUUUAUCCUGUUACACGUUUUAUGUGGACUAUUCUGAUGAGUUUCAAGAAAAACAUCAAGAUAAUGAAUUAGUUCCUUCUAUAAAUCUUAUUUAAAUUCUAGGAGUUGUGAAGUCAAGAUAUUAUGUUUGUUAUUUUUUAUAUCUUGUAUUAAGAAAAUAGAAAUAAAUUGUCUAAGAGAAUACAUUAAAUUUCUAUCU